AAAAAGGGAGGAGAAAAUGAAAAAACAGAACCAGGCGCUAGGUUUUUCUCCCGAAGCUGAACCACAGUCGCUGGAGGGGUAAGACGAAGAAGAAGAAAGAUGCCCAGAGAGAAGGAUCCGCUGUGGGAGUACGGAACAGAGGAGGAAGGAAAGAUCAAAUGCAGCUUCUGCGAGAAGGGCAUCUCCGGCGGCAUCACUCGAUUCAAGUACCAUCUCGCCCAGGUUGCCCAGAACAACGUCGAGGUCUGCGCCCGGGCGUCCCCCGCUGCCCGCGACGCCGCCCUCGCCGCGAUCGCCGAUCUCCAGAGCCGGCCCCGGAAGCCCCGGAAAAAGAAGUCCCGGACCCUCCGUCCGCAGAGUGGUGUCUCCGGAUGCGGCUCCUCUGCCACCUGCACCGAGCCCCCUCUCGCCCUCGCCGCCCCGUCGCCCACCGGUGCUGGGGCCGUUGUGGUAGCCAACCACCAGCCCCGCAAACCCAAGGCCAAGGACAAGGAGCGGAUCGACCUCCUUCUCGUGAAGUUCGUCGUCGUCAACAAUCUCCCCUUCCGGUCGCUCCGGUCGCCAGACUUCCAGGAGGCUAUCCUGGCUAUCGCCAACUACGGCCCCGGAUACGUCCCCCCAACCUACGAGACGUUCAGAACGAAGCUCCUGGAAGACCUUAAGGGCCAGGCCGCAGAGUACGUCGAGGAGGUCCGCCGGACGUGGGCAUCCACGGGCUGUACGCUCAUGUCCGGGGCCUGGAAGGACGCCCGCGGCCGCGCCCACGUCAACUUGCUCGCCUCCUCGCCGAGGGGCACCGUGUUCCUUAAAUCCCAGUGCUUCGUCGGCAUCCCGGAGGACGUUCCGAUUGUUGCCGAUUUCUUGUGCGGCGCCAUUGAUGAGAUCGGACCGGAGAAUGUCGUUCAAGUUGUGACCGUCAAUGAGCCGGAUUUCGUUGCGGCCGGCUCAGUCAUUGAACAGAAGUAUCCAAACAUCUUCAGGAGCUCAUGUGCUGCCUACUGCAUCGAGUUGAUGCUGGAGGAAGUCGGCAAGCUUCCAUACAUGCAGUCCAUGAUGCUCAAUAUCAAGAAGAUAGUAAAAUUUUUGUAUAAGAGUCAGGAUGUUCUUGGUUUGAUGAAGGAACACACAAAAGGCAAAGAGUUGCAGAGGCCCAUCGGAUCGAAGUUCCUUACUCAAGUCUGUUGCUUGCAAUCCAUUAUCAAGUCAGAAGAAGUUUUGAGGAAGAUGGUGAUCUCGCCAGAAUGGCAGAGCUCGCCAAAUUGCGCCUCUGAUGAGGGAAAAUUGAUCACUGAGGUGUUGCAGGGAGACGAGUUCUGGCAAACCGGGAAGGAGAUUGUUGGUUCGGUCGAGCCACUGGUUAAGGUGCUAAGAAUGGUCGAUGGUGAUGGUUCGACAAUGGGGUACGUGUAUGAGGCUCUGCACAGGGCGAAAGAGGCGAUCAAAUCCUUCCACGAGAACAACGUUGAGAAGUACAUGCCUCUCUGCGAAAUCAUAGAUGCUUGCUGGCAUAAUGAGUUGCAGAGCCCGUUGAUUGCUGCGGCCGCAUAUCUUAACCCGCAUUUAUUCUACGAUAAUUUGGUGACGAUGAAUGCUGAGAUUCGAGUUGGGCUGGAAAAGGUGAUUCAGAAGAUGGCGCCGCAGUCAGACAGCGCCCAGGUAGCUCAAGAGCUUACUAGAUAUCACGCUCGAGAUCGCAAAAUCUUCAGCGGAAUUGGAGGGGAUCUACUGCGUACUGCACAUCCGCGUAUUUGGUGGGAACUGUGUGGCUCGGAGAUCCCAAUUUUGCAGACAUUGGCCAUAAAAAUUCUAAGCCAGCCUUGUAGUGCUUCUGCUUGCGAGCGAAACAAGAGUGCUCUCAAAACAUCCCAUGUUAAGAAAAGGAACAAUUUGGAGCCUAAAGCAUUGAACAACUUAGUACAUAUGCGGAUGAACUUGCAAUUGAAGAAGACUUCUGUGGAGAAGAGGAAGAAGGAUAUUGCGCCAAUAUUUCUCGACAACAUUGAAGCAUUCAAGGACAGUGAACCGAUAUCUGGAAGCAAGCGUGGGGGAGUUCCACUGUUUCAGGAUGUUGAUGAUGAGAGCAGCAGCAGUGAGGGAGAGGAUGAAGAUGACAGUGGCCAUGCUGACACUCAUGGGAUGGGUUAUGAAUUUUUAAUGUCAUAAGGUUUUGAAAUCUUCUUUUCUCUUUUCUGUCUUUUCAAAUGUUGUACUUAUAAGAAAGGUCAACUUAAGACACAACAUUUGCAGAUAGGCUUAUCUACAAUACAAUCUUAUGGAUAAUGAAAACUCGAAUUGCGAAUA